AUGGGUAACAAACAGUCGUUGAUGACGACGAGCUUCAACCUUCGUCUGCAGGCCAGAGAAGUGCUCAAGCUGCACGCUCAAUGUGAGCGCGAGGAGGAAUCUGAGAAGUUGAAAGUAAAGUUUGCACUAGAAAAGGGUAACAUAGACGCUGCGCGAAUCCAUGCGGCGAACUCCAUCCGCAAGCAUAACGAAGCACUGCGAUAUCUGCAGUAUCAUGCCAAGCUCGAGAUUCUGCGCCAUCAGGUCGAAACUGCCGAGCGAUCGAACUCGGUCUCCACCGAGCUGCGCAAGGCGCUGCCGCAGCUGACCAAACUAACCUCGAACAAGUCGAUGGACAGCGCGACCUUGUUCACAGAGUUUGAGAAGGUAUUCGAUGAUUUGGAGGUGAAAGAGGCGUACACCGAGCAGACCAUAAGCUCCAGCACUGCCCAUUUGGCUCCGCAGCACGACGUGGACACGCUGAUUAGCCAGGUGGCCGACGAGCACGCCCUGGACGUCGGCGGCAUUCUGGACAGCUCCAGCGCGAUCCGGGGGGCCGUGGUAAGCCGGAGCGACGCCGACAGAAUUACUAAGUGA